UGUUUAUUAAUCCUAAACAGCGGUUAUUGGGAGUUAAAGAUGUGCUGGAAGUGCUAGACGCAAAUAAUAGCGACUUAGAUGAAUCAGACUCCGACUCUGAUGUCGAAGAUGAUCUCAUUGCUGAAGACAACCUUCAACUUCAGAAUUCAAUAGAUUUGGAAAAUGAAUCCGGUGAUGAGGAUACAGCUGCUACCGAUGAAAAUCUUGCCACCCCGUCCAGAAUAAAUUUCACAUGGCGAAAAUGCGCAUUUGAACCAACUGACGUCCCGUUUAGGGGUGCUCCAAUUUGUGCACUACCUGAUGGAGAGAUCAGCACACCAUAUGACUAUUUUUCAAGGUUUAUAUCUCGGCAAAUGCUUGAAAACACAUGUUUAAAUUCUAAUGAGUAUUGCAUGCAGAAAAAUGGUAUUGAUGGACGUUUGACCAUUAAAGAAUUAGAACAAGUAAUAGGGAUGUAUCUACGAAUGGGUAUAGUUCAAAUGCCUGGAAACCGUGUUUAUUGGGAAAGGGAUACAAGAUAUGCACCUGUAGCAGAUGUUAUGAGUAGAAACAGGUUCCAACAUAUUCUUACUAUAUUACAUUUCAAAAAUAAUCUAAAUGCUUCCGAAGUGGAUAAAAAUGAUAAGAUUUGGAAGGUUCGGCCCUGA